AUGGCAACAGCAGCAGCUGGUCCCUAGAUAAGAGGAGCUGGAGCCUGGCAGCAGCCACUGCUGUAGAAAAGCCUGCCCAGCUUCAGGGAGAAGGCUUGCCCUCUCCACCUCUCGCCUCAUCCCAGCGCCUGCACUCAUUGUGCUGGAGAAGAAACACCUCCUUCGAUGAUGUCCACUGAGCAAAUGCAGCCAUUGGAGCUCUCAGAAGACAGACUGGACAAGCUAGACCCUCGUUGUGACCACUUAGAUGACCUUUCAGACCAGCUCAUUAAAGACUGUGAUCUCAAAAAGAAGCCAAGAAAGGGAAAAAAUGCACAGGUUGCCCUGAAUGUUGAGUCAGACCAAAAGAAACCAAGGAGAAAAGAUACACCAGCAUUGCACAUCCCACCUUUUAUACCAGGUGUGCUUUCAGAACACUUAAUUAAGAGAUACGACAUUCAGGAGAGACACCCAACAGGCAAGAUGAGUCCAGCUCUUCAUAACACUGACCUGGAACCAAAAAAACCAAGGAGAAAAGACACACCUGCCCUGCACGUGUCCCCCUUUGCAGCAGGUGUGACACUGCUCAGGGAUGAGAGACCCAAAGUGAUCAUGGAAGAUGACGAAAAGGAUGGUGACAAGAUAGCUAUUUAAAGAGAGUUCCCCUGAGACCACUUGUAAAUAGGUUAGAUUGGUUCCCGGUGGCGACCUAGAAAAAAAAUAGACUUGCUUCUGCUCUCAUUUUG